CCAGACUGAAGUGAGGUUGCGGAUGAGCGCCUGAGUUCAGAUGGUGUGAAAUCUCCAUUUCUUCUAGAUCCUGGGCGAUCUAGAGGAUUUAGAUCUUAAACCACAAGAGACGUCUUUCUUCUCAUUUAAUGUCUUCCCGAUUAUUUAAUCCUUCCAAUACUGCAGAAUUGGUGUCUUUGAAGCUAUUAAGCAGGCAAUCUAUUGGGCACUACAGGGUCCUCACGGCCUUCUCAGCUGCCUUAGCUUCGGUCCGGAGAGGACCCGGCGCCGAAUCUCUAACAGGCCCAGGUAUCGGGAAAAUGAUCCACAGUCUAUUUCUUAUAAACUGUUCCGGUGACAUAUUUCUCGAGAAGCACUGGAAGAGUGUGGUGAGCCAGUCUGUCUGCGAUUAUUUCUUUGAAGCUCAGGAGAAAGCUGCUGAUGUUGAAAAUGUGCCGCCUGUCAUUUCAACACCUCACCACUACCUCAUCAGUGUCUACCGGGAGAAGCUCUUCUUUGUGUCUGUCAUACAGACUGAAGUGCCACCUCUGUUUGUAAUUGAAUUCCUACAUCGAGUUGCUGAUACUUUUCAGGACUACUUUGGUGAGUGUUCGGAGGCUGCAAUUAAGGAUAAUGUGGUCAUAGUAUAUGAGCUCUUGGAAGAAAUGUUAGACAAUGGGUUUCCACUGGCUACUGAGUCCAACAUUUUGAAAGAAUUGAUUAAACCACCAACAAUCCUACGUUCUGUUGUCAACUCUAUUACAGGCAGUAGUAAUGUUGGGGAUACACUCCCCACUGGGCAGUUGUCCAACAUCCCAUGGCGCCGGGCAGGAGUAAAGUACACAAACAAUGAAGCCUAUUUUGAUGUUGUUGAAGAAAUAGAUGCAAUUAUAGAUAAAUCAGGAUCUACAGUCUUUGCAGAAAUUCAGGGGGUCAUUGAUGCUUGUAUUAAGCUGUCUGGAAUGCCUGAUCUUUCCCUUUCUUUCAUGAACCCAAGACUUCUGGAUGAUGUCAGCUUCCACCCUUGCAUCCGGUUCAAGCGUUGGGAAUCUGAAAGAGUUUUGUCAUUUAUUCCUCCAGAUGGAAAUUUCCGACUCAUAUCAUACCGUGUCAGCUCGCAAAAUCUAGUGGCAAUUCCAGUAUAUGUGAAACAUAGUAUCAGCUUUAAGGAGAACAGUUCUUGUGGACGAUUUGAUAUUACAAUUGGACCAAAGCAGAAUAUGGGAAAAACAAUUGAAGGAAUCACAGUGACAGUUCACAUGCCAAAAGUUGUGCUGAAUAUGAACCUGACACCAACACAAGGCAGCUAUACAUUUGAUCCAGUCACCAAGGUACUAACAUGGGACGUGGGGAAAAUUACUCCACAAAAGCUCCCAAGUCUUAAAGGACUGGUGAAUUUACAGUCUGGAGCACCCAAGCCAGAAGAGAAUCCAAGCCUCAACAUACAGUUCAAGAUCCAGCAGCUUGCUAUUUCAGGCUUAAAAGUAAACCGCCUGGACAUGUAUGGGGAGAAAUAUAAGCCAUUUAAAGGAGUGAAAUAUGUCACGAAAGCUGGAAAGUUCCAAGUGAGGACAUGAGAAGAGGCCAAAAUUCUUCAAGAUCAGUUUGUUUUCCAAGUGUCGUUACAGUAUAUUACUAUUAGGUACCAAGUGGGUGGGAAUACAUAUUCUAGUUAAAGCAUCUGUGUCAAGCUACGCACCCUAAGAAAGUAGCUUAGUAAUCAGUGUAGGGGUCUUAAGGAGCUUUAAGCUAAGGAAACUUUUGUGAUGACUUAGCUUAUUUUAUAUCUUUUCAUUAAGGAAGAUUUGGGAGGUGAUUUUCUGUAUAGGGGUUAUUAGUUGGAUGCUGCACAUAGUUAACAGUAAAGGUAGAAGGCUAUAGUGAUAAGCUCUCUCUUAAAACAAAUGACCUGGUCUCAGCCUAGCAGGAGCCAUCCUAACAUGUGAUGUGAUUUGUCAGGUGCAGUCAAAUGUCGUAUCUUCUGAUCUUGCCCAUCCCAAAUCAGCAUCUGUCCCAACAGAGGAAGAUUCCCCCCUACCUGGCCCUAAGAAGUUUACAGGAAACUGCCUCUUCAAGUGUUUGCCUUAUUCAGCUUUUCACUUGUGCCAUUAAGCAAGCACUGUAGCAAAAGCCACUUCUACAUGGCCCUGGCAGGGAGCACUGCUGCUCCAUGCUCCCCUCUCACUGUACUUGGUAUUGUAUUUUUUAUAAAUAAGAUUUUUUUGUAAAACUCAGAUUUUUAUUUACAAGGACCUUGCUGCAGUAAAUACCAUCACAAUUUUGUGCCACUGGUUCAGUUGUUAGAUAGCACAGUAAAAAUCAUGUGGAUCAAAGGGGUGAAUGCUUUAUAAAGGUAAUAAAAGGGAACACUACUUCUGCUUUUAGGAAGUUCUGCAAGCACAAGCAUUUGAGCUCUUAAGCAAAUUCAAGUAGUAAAAGAGAAACUGAAGCUGAAACCUUUGCCACCUUCAUGUUUUAUAAAGCUUAUCUACCACCACUUAAAUCAUAGUUAGCCUAAAUGCUUCAUGCCCCUAGUUUAGCAAAAGGAAAGAAAUGUGCCUGCCUCACUGUCCUCAGCCAUUUUUUUUUUCUUUUUUCUCUUUUUGGUUGUUUUUCUUAAGAGCUUGAAUUUGCCUGCAUCCCUUGUCUUUAGGGCAAAUUCGUUUUUUCACAUUAUGUGCUUGUCACACAGAGAAUCUCAGUAGACUACAACUUAACUUCUUUUCUAAAACUACAGUUUUAAUUGUUACUGGAGUUCUUGCUGUCUCUACUGUCCUGAUAAAAGUACAUAAAAGUAUGUUAUACUGAGGCAGAAACAAAACCCUCAGUAACACUGAUGACACCAUUUUAUCAUGUUCACUGGUCAGUCUAAGGUUGAAGUAUCACUCAACCUCAGUGAC